AUGGCCUUCCGCUUGACCUACCGCCGUCAGUGCCGCUACAACACCAAGUCCAACAAGCAGCGCGUCGUGAAGACUCCCGGUGGCAAAGCAGUGUACCAGGCAGUCAAGAAGAAGGCAAAGGGCCCACACUGCGGUGACUGCGGCAAGGCUCUGAUUGGCCUGCCACGUUUGCGCCCGAUCGAAUACUCUCGCCUGAAGAAGCGCGAGAAGCGCGUCAACCGUGCCUACGGCGGAUCCCGAUGCGCCCACUGUGUUCGUGAGCGUGUUAUCCGGGCCUUCCUGAUCGAGGAGCAGAAGUGCGUCAAGCAGGUCCUUGCCGAGAAACUGUCGCAGGCCAAGGAAAAGGAAGGAGGUAAGAAGAAGAGCAAGAAGUAG